AUCCUCUAUAAAUUUAUGGGGUUUUUAUUGAAUGAAUGAUGUCUUCAGGGAUCACGAAGAGCACAGGUUUGAUGGCAGUGAAGCUGACCGCUCUCGGCAGACCACAAUUACUUCUGCAACUGUCGGAGGUGAUAAUGCGCGCGCGCAACUACAUGCAGCAGAUAGCGGGCGGCACGGGCAACGUGCUCACCCACCACAAGACCAUCGAGGACUUCCAGCGUUACCUCGGCGAGCACUCCUCCAAGCCGGAGGUGCAGGACUUCAUGAAGAAGAUCACUUCCGAUAAGGAGGGCGUUCUACACCUGUUCCCCUGGGACCGCAUAGUGCACCUCUUCCCCUGGUCGAACAUCCUGGACAAGGACAUGAAUCUGUCCGACUCGUUCCGGGUCCCGGACCCGAAGACCGGUCAGAUGCGUCGGCUGAUCUCGCAGAUCUCGCCCAAAGAGGAGGAGAUGUUCCGCAACAUGCUGCGGAGGCUGAACAACAUCAUACAGGUCGCGGCGGAGGCGGACGUGCGCAUCAUGAUCGACGCGGAGCAGACGUACUUCCAGCCGGCCAUUGCGAGGAUCUGCUUGGAGAUGAUGAGGCGGUAUAAUAAGGGCAGGUUCGUGGUGUUCAACACAUACCAGACGUACCUGAAGAACACGUACAACGAGAUCGUGACGGACCUGGAGCAGGCCGAGCGGCAGGACUUCUACUGGGGCGCCAAGCUCGUGCGCGGCGCUUAUAUAGAGCAGGAGCGAGCGCGAGCGGCCGCAAUGGGCUACGAGGACCCGACGUGCGAGAGCGUAGACGCCACUACCAACUCGUUCCACCGCUGCUUGAAGGAGAUCCUUAGCAGAGUCAAGGGCGAGCGGCAACAGAAGCUCGGCAUAAUGGUGGCGUCGCACAACGAGGACACGGUGCGGUACGCGAUCGAGCUGAUGCGGCAGCACGGCAUCGCGCCCGACGAGCGCGUCGUGUGCUUCGGCCAGCUGCUCGGCAUGUGCGACCACAUCACCUUCCCGCUCGGCCAAGCCGGCUAUUCGGCGUACAAGUACGUGCCGUACGGGCCCGUCCUGGAGGUGCUGCCGUACCUGUCGCGGCGCGCGAACGAGAACCGCGGCUUCCUCAGCAAGAUCAAGAAGGAGAAGGGGCUGCUGCUGAAGGAGAUCGGGCGCCGCGUGCUCACGGGCCAGGCGUUCUACAAGCCCACCGGCAGCUAUACGCCGGUGUAGGCGCCGCGGCGCCGCGUACGAGUUUCGGUUUUUUUUCACUCACCGCUUCGGUUAGUUUUCAGCGCCAUCUCGCGGCGCCCGCCGGUACUAGGACGACAUUAAUUUUUGUUCGGUUUAAAUUUCAAAUCGCAGGUGGAGGCGCGUGGGCGGGGAGCGGCGUUGGAAACACGGCGUUGGCGCUGCGAGCGUGGUAGGUUAGUUGGAUAGACAGCUCUGGUUUCGCGUGUAUUGUAUGUACAUAUUAUUGCCGCCGGUUGCUCGAAUGUUGGGUUGUAGUUUUCUUUUUUUUU